AUGUCGCUUUCCUUCGCUCAAACUAGCAUUAGUGGCAAUAGAGAGGACAGUGACGGUGACUGUAGCAAUGACAAACGUGUUGACUGUUCUCGCAUUCACGAGUCAGACGCGUUCUCGUGGCUGCAGGAUCGUUCCUCAGUGGAUGACCUCUGGCCCGGUGUGGAGAGUUACCUCGUGCAGGCGGCCCAUACGAUACGCACCGGGAGCGCUGAAAUGAUGGACCGACUGCGGGAUGUUAAACACCGCAUGAAUUGGUAUGCUGCGAUUUACUCUGUGUGCAGCGGCCACCCACAGAAGUCUGGCGAGGUUUACCAACACUUGUCGCUCUUCCUUCUGAACGACUUGGAAGUUAACGUUUUGCGGCCGUUUCUCCUACGAGGUGCCGCUUGUGGCUCAUCGUCGUUGUCCUGUUUGUGCCAGCAGUUCGUGCAGCAGUACCGACUCUUCAUGGCAUUCCGCCGCGUCGUUCUCUCCUGCUUCAGCUACUUGGAUCAGUACUUUACUGUGAAGUUUCGUCUUGACCCGGUGACGGCGUUGUGUGCAAAGAUGUUUUACGUCGUGGUGUAUGAACCCAUCAAGGAGGUAUUGGUGUCGGAGUUGCUGGAGUUGGCAGAUGCCGCGCGGACGGCGCAGCUUCAUGGCAGUGCGGUGUCGUCGGAAGCCAGUGACGUUCAACAAACCCUCUGGGCUAUUGUGGAGAUUUUAACCACAGUGAAGGCAUUCUCAACCUCGUCUGAAGCAACCGCGCAGACGGCGCGGCCUCAUCACAAGGAGGAUGCCUCGGGCCUUUGCAACGACGUACAUAACGGGGGCGAGGGGAGCACCGUGUUUGCUGCCGUCACCGCCGAACUGGAGCGCAGGCAAGGCCUGACCACGACGCCGAGGUGUGACGUUCUUCGUAAGCGGAGUGAAUCGCCAGAGCCUCGUUUGGGGAUAAGCAGCAAUAGUGACCACGACCAAAUGCAACGGCGGGUUGUUAGUGAAGGUCACGGUGGUGGCUCCUCAGCAAAGGGAUGGGAUGCAGUGGCAACAAAAUCGUUCAAUGCCAUCCACAUGCUGCGCGAGAUGCUUAAAAAGCGAUUAGCUGUCGAAGUGAUAACGAGUCACUUGAUAACAAACCCCAGUGGCAAGAAGGGCCUUCAAAAUAGCGGCAACGUUCUGGGAAGUGGUGGUGGUGGUGGUGGUGGUGCUGCGGCGGCAACUACUACUGGUGGUGUUAGUGGGCGCGAAGGUGGUGCGACGUGUUCAGCGUAUUCCGUGGGGGUUUCCAUUGUCGACGUGGUACAACCGUUGCAUUUUGUCAUCUUUUUAGACUUUGGUGUGCAAUACGUGGAGGCCGCCGAAAUCCACUACCGAAAACAGCGUAUGGUGCAGCUUAGCCAGCCCGAAGGGUGGAUUGACUACAUACCGUGGGUACAACGUUGUCUUGCAGUGGAGCGUGUGCUGCUGCGGGACGUGAACGCACCACUGUUCCUCAGUGCUCUGCAGGAGCGAAUUAAUCACGUUCUUCUGGUGGAGAUCCAUCGGCAGAUUAUUCUUGCGAAAGAAGUUGGCUUCCGUGCACAUUUGGAUGCGUGGGACAGGCACACAAAGCAGGGCGCUGCCAACAUGUUGAAGGACCUCACUUCUUCUUCCUCCGCUUCGACGGGGGUGACAGUGUUGGGUGACGCUGGCGACGCCGAUGCGGACGUUGCAAGAUCCCCGGCCACGUGCAUCUUAGCGCCGUCGACAAACCUGUGGGAACGAUUCUCGCAAGAAGAGCUUGGAAACCGCAUAAAAGGCUUUGUUACAGCUUUUCUUAGCGUGCAGGACGAGGCGUGCUGGACCUUGCUGGCCAGCGAGUUUGCGAGCAAGGUGUUCAUGGACACUGCCGCCUUAUUUCUUGCUUACAUGUCACAAUUGGGGGCGUUGACACAACAGCAACAACACCACCAGGAGGAGGAGGCGCCGCCGAGACUGCGGCGGCCCGCAUCGUGGCUGCAGACGUCUCAGUGGACGACGGCCCUGCCUCUGAGACAGAGGGGCCUGGCAGAAGCGGGGGAAAUUGUUCCAUCGGAGGUGAAGCCUGUGACGCAGCAGAGCUUGGCUAUGGGGCUUAUUAGCGACCUUGUGGAUGUGUCGAUGCAUUACAGUGAUCUCAUUUGCACGAAGUUUGGUGAGCACCCACCGAUGCAGCUGGCGAUGGCUGACGCGCUGCGUGAGGUGCUAAACCCAGAACGAUGGAGCAAGCUUGUGGUGGGAGGCGUCAUGCGUGGCGGGGUUUCUGCUCUUUCCAGAGGGGAGUUGCCGAGCUUUCUUCUUUACCAUGACGUGGCGAAGACAACGCUGGGGGUGCUGAAUAAAUUGACUGCCAUGCGUGGAACAAAGGAGAUUGCUGUGCCGCAGUUCCUUGCCAUGUACUGUGAUCAGCUAUGCAGACGGGAGCUCGACGACGUCGUCACAGACCCCACAGACCACAUUGUCUACCUCAUCGCGCUCUUGGACGAUAAGGAUGUUUUUUUCGAGCACUAUAAAUCACUUUUGGCGCGUCGUCUUUUGCUUUUACCUUGGGCGAAACUAAAUAUGGAUCGGGAACAUGCAUUGAUGCAUAAGCUGCAUCAUGCCCUUGGACGCGCACUGACCUACAGGCUGGAGGCCAUGUUGCGAGAUUAUGAAGCGAAUACGAGUAUGAAUGAGGAAUUUGGACGAUUUAAUGUUUGCUUCGCAUUACCGGCAAAACUGCGGGUGCAGGUCCUUACCGCAGUGCACUGGCCGACCUAUCGCGUGGUGUCCCUCACCCCAUGUGAUUCGCUUGCCCGCGUCAUGAAGGCUUUCACGGAUUACUACAUUGGGCUACAUCCAUCCCGUAUGCUGCACUGGAUUCACACACUCGGAUCCGCGACGCUUCACGCCGUGUUCCCCAAAGGCAGCAAGGAAGUGAUCGCCAACACUCUGCAGGCACAUAUACUUCUUUUGGUAAGUGACGCAUGCAACGCCGGCGGAAGUAUUGCGGCGGUCGGUCCUGAGACCAAUGCGGACCAAACGACUGCAAAGCGCCCGCGUUUGCUUUCUGGUCGAGAGAUUUCCGCAGCGAUGGGAGUCGAGUUACGCGACAUUUACAUCUACCUUGCCCCACUCGUACAACACAAACUCUACAAUCUUCUGAAACGCGUGGGCCCGUCAGCUGAAGCCGGCGCAGGGCCAACAGCCCCACCCUCACCACCAUCGUUACUUCCCUUCACAGAGGAUGUGGCGCCGGCUGCCGUUACUGCGGCUGGGCGACUGCUGCCAGAGGACAAGUUCACACUGAACGUCGACUACACUCACAGGCUGCGCAAGUUCAAGCUCCCCGUUGCACGUCCCACGCGCGGCGAUGGGUCUAAGGGAUCCACGUUUGACCCCACGUAUGCAGAAAGGAGAGAGACUGCUCUCUCCGGUGGAGUUGAGGUAUCGCGGCGACUUCAGACGGAUACUGCCAUUGUGCGCGUCAUGAAGAGCCGGCGUGCCCUGCGGUACUACGAGCUUCUGGACCUGACGAUUCAACAGCUCGCAAAAUAUUUUGUUCCUCGUGCACGAUCCGUAAAGAUGCAGGUGGAGGAUCUUGUCUGUCGCGGCUUCCUGCGGCGAAGCGAGGUCGACGCCUCCGUGUUUGAGUACAUUGCGUGA